AUGUCGCACUCACUAAGUGGAUUGUUCAGCCAAUCAAUACGCGCAACACCGGAGAAUACCAAACGGACUGCAUCCACCUUACCUCGCCAUAAUCUAUUUUAUAUUAUAGCUGCGUCAACUUACGAGCGGGGGGUUGGCGAACUGCCAAGACCAUCCGAUGCCAAACUGACCCCCUGGCAGUUCGAAGUGAUCACCCUCUCGCUCUGCACUCUCUGUUAUCGCAAAGCACUACUACCUGAGAACACCACCGUCUGGGAGCAUUACUACCUGAACAAACUAUCCCCUGUAGAUCUUAUCGUCUGGGCUACCCGGAAUACCCUGUUCGGGCUAUCGCAUGAUGUAACCGAUGGCACCCGUCACUUCCAGUCCUGGAAGGUCAUCGACUUGUAA